AUGUCAUCUGUCAACAAAGUCAUCUUGAUCGGCAAUCUGGGCCGUGACCCUGAAGUUCGCUAUAUGCAAAACGGCAAGGCCGUUGCCAAUGUGAGCAUCGCCACCACCAGUCGCCGAAAGGACAAGAGUAGCGGUGAGUUCAUUGAGGACACUCAAUGGCACCGUGUCACCUUCUACGAGCGCCUGGCAGAAAUCGCAGGCGAAUACCUCAAGAAGGGCAAGACCGUCUACAUCGAGGGUGCCAUCAAAUAUGGCAGGUACACGGACAAAGACGGGAUCGAUAAAAACACUGUCGAAAUCAUCGCUACGAGCAUGCAAAUGCUGGGUGGUCGUGAUUCAGACGGAAAGUCUGCUGGUGGU